GAGAAGUGAGCAUGUGACAUAACCUUACACUUUUUUUUCUAUUUUUUACUUGUGGGAUUACUUAAAAUUAAAACAAUGACUUUAUAUCACUUCGGCAAUUGUAUUGCAUUAAUUUAUGUUCCUUACUAUUUAACUUAUAAAUACUCGGGUUUAUCCGAAUAUGGAGCUUUCUGGAAAUGUAUUCAAGCAGGCUGUGUUUACAUGUUCACUCAGUUAGCCAAGAUGCUUAUUUUGGCAACUUUUUUCCCCGACAAUGAAUCUGACCUAGGUGGCGAUUUCGUAGGGGAAUUCUUGAAAUCAACAGUCGAUUUAGCGGAUUUGGUAGGAUUGUACAUGGUACUUGGGAGUAUUCCAGGAAAAGGGCAUAGUAAGGUGUUAACAGCCGGCGUCGGCUGGGCAACUGCAGAAGUGAUACUGUCGCGAGCUCUGCUAUUGUGGGUGGGCGCGAGAGGUGCCGAAUUCGAUUGGAAGUACAUACACAAAUGUUUGGAGUCUAACAUUGCGUUAGUUCAGCACAUAUCGACGGUCACAUUAAUAUGGUUGUGGACGAGACAUGAUCUUCCUCUGAAUUUUAAACCUGUCGUCACUGCUUUGCUAUUAUUUUCAUCCUUUAAACCUUUUUUGUUAGAGACACUGUUCAAAUUUUUGAUAACUGGUCCAUGGGUGGUAAUUUUCGUAAAAGCUUUGGUCACUGUGUCGGUUAGUGUUUUUACAUUGAUUAUUUAUGCGGGGCUAGCGCAAAGUAUUGGAAUUUUCUAAUUUAGUCAUAAUUUGUAAAGACUUGUUUCUUGUAGUUGUUUAAGGUGUACUAAAAGUUUAUUAAAAAAUAUGUACCUACA